CAACGAUGCCAAAGGGGCAACGAUUCGUUGCAGCGUUCUUUGAACAACCUUACCAAGCUUCAAGCUUUCCAAACAUGUUCUUUGUGAUUCUAUCUGAGUUCAAUGCCACUGUUCACGUUGAGAGUGGAUUCGGUAUUUCAGAAGAUUUGUACAUCCAAGGCAUGGUAGACUACAAGUACAAAGUUGAUGAAAGUUUUUAUUACCAAGCCAACCUACAGGUGACUGACAUGUCAUUCUACUUUACAUCCACUGAGGAAAUAACCUUGUUCUGUUACCACGUACUUGUUAAUCAAGGAGAAGGAUACCUUGCUUUGCCGAUUGAGACUUUAUCCACGGAAUACAUUGUAGUGACACACAUUGAUAAUCACACAGCUCCUGUCCCUGAACUUCCCUACACAAAGACCACACAGACUGCUUUCCUCAUUAUCGCUACGGAGAACAAUACCCAGGUGGACAUCAGUCUUAAGAUGCAAGGACCCCUCAUGGCAGGUGGGUGUGGCAAUGGGACAUUCUUCAAUGGGGAGAACAGAACAUUUACACUCAACAAGUAUCAGACAGUUGGCGCCUACUGUGCAGAGGAUAUUACUGGAACACUGGUAACCAGUGACAAACCAGUGGCUGUGAUUAGUGGGCAUAACAUGAAGUAUAGGCCUCCCCCAGGAAUUAGAGAUGGCAUGCAAGAAAUGUUGCUGCCUGUGAAGUCAUUUGGGAGAAGCUUUUACUUGCCUGAACCGCCACCAAGUACUGGUGGUGCUAUAUACAGAGUUGUUGGAUCAACAGCGUUGACCUCCGUACGCUCCCCGUCCGUCAGUGGUAUAUCUUUCUCCGUGGGUGCACGGGAGUCGCAUGACAUAACUGUUGAUUCUACCACAGGUCCAGUGUACAUUGAAGCCGAUAAACCUGUCCUGGUUGUGCAGAUGACUAUAGACACACCGUCACUCGCAAUAGUUCCCCCAACAUGUUUAUACUCCAGCUCCUAUAACAUUGGAAAACCCGUUCUUCAUGAGAGAUUUGACCUGAAGAAAAUGUAUAUAACAGUCAUUGUUCCCACUGACAAGGUUCUAGGAAUACGACCACAGAUAUUUCCCCAAUUCAAAGUAAUUAAAGGAAGCUGUUUCUCUGAGGCAUCAGUGGAGUUGACAUCACCAGGAUUCUACCGCCUGACCCACGUAGAUGAUGUUCCAUUUGGAGCUAUGAUGUACGUGUUUCCGUUUGUGGAUAGUCAGUGUGUAUAUACCCAUCCGGCCGGAAUGAAUCUGACAAAUGAUGUUGAUAAAACGGCGUGUCCCGCCUCGACAGUGUGUUCGGAUGGGACUCCGUAUCCUUGCUCGUGUUCUAAAGGAUACUUUGAAUACCAAUGUAGUGACACUUCAGGCGGCUGCGCCCCGGACCCAUGCCAGUACUCCAUUGGCUGUACUGAUCUGAAGACCCUCUACCAAUGUGGAUGUGUCAAUGGAACGGGAGGAGCCCAUUGUGAGACCGAUAUUGACGAGUGUGCAACAAACCCAUGUGUGCACGGUACAUGUGUCGACCACGUCAAUAACUACACCUGUGACUGUGAACCUGGGUAUACAGACAGGAACUGCAGCACAGAUAUUGACGAGUGUGCAACAAACCCAUGUGUGCACGGUACAUGUGUCGACCACGUCAACAACUACACCUGUGACUGUGAACCCGGGUAUACAGACAGGAACUGCAGCACAGGUGCUUCAGCGAUGCCAAAGGGACGACGCUUCGUUGCAGCGUUCUUUGAACAACCAUACCAAGCUUCAAGCUUUCCAAACAUGUUCUUUGUGAUUCUGUCUGAAUUCAAUGCCACUGUUCACGUUGAGAGUGGAUUCGGUAUUUCAGAAGAUUUACACAUCCAAGGCAUGGUCGACUACAAGUACAAAGUUGAUGAAAGUUUUUAUUACCAAGCCAACCUACAGGUGACUGACAUGUCAUUCUACUUUACAUCCACUGAGGAAAUAACCUUGUUCUGUUAUCACGUACUUGUUACUGCAGGAGAAGGAUAUCUUGCUUUGCCGAUUGAGACUUUAUCCACGGAAUACAUUGUAGUGACACACAUUGAUAAUCACAGAGCUCCUGUCCCUGAACUUCCCUACACAAAGACCACACAGACUGCUUUCCUCAUCAUCGCUACGGAGAACAAUACCCAGGUGAACACCAGUCUUAAGAUACAAGGACCCCUCAUGGCAGGUGGGUGUGGCAAUGGGACAUUCUUCAAUGGGGAGAACAGAACAUUUACACUCAACAAGUAUCAGACAGUUGGCGCCUACUGUGCAGAGGACAUUACUGGAACACUGAUCACCAGUGACAAACCCGUGGCUGUGAUUAGUGGGCAUAACAUGAAGUUUACUCCUUACGUUAAAGACGGCAUGCAAGAAAUGUUGCUGCCUGUGAAAUCAUUUGGAAGAAGCUUUUACUUGCCAGUACCACCACCUAGUACUGGUGGUGCUAUAUACAGAGUUGUUGGAUCAACAGCGUCGACCUCCGUACGCUCCCCGUCCGUCAGUGGUAUAUCUUUCUCCGUGGGUGCACGGGAGUCUCAUGACAUAACUGUUGACUCUACCACAGGUCCAGUGUACAUUGAAGCCGAUAAACCUGUCCUGGUUGUGCAGAUGACUAUAGACAUCCCGUCACUCGCAAUAGUUCCACCAACAAGUUUAUACUCCAGGUCCUAUAACAUUGGAAAACCCGUUCUUCAUCCGACAUUUGACCUGAAGAAGGUGUAUAUAACAGUCAUUGUUCCCACUGACAAGGUUCUAGGAAUACGACCACAUAUAUUUCCCCAAUUCAAAGUAAUUAAAGGGAGCUGUUUCUCUGAGGCAUCAGUGGAAUUGACAUCACCAGGAUUCUACCGCCUGACCCACGUGGAUGAUGUUCCAUUUGGCGCUAUGAUGUACGUGUUUCCGUUUGUGGAUAGUCAGUGUGUAUAUACCCAUCCAGCCGGAAUGAAUCUGACAAAUGAUGUUGAUAAAACCACGUGUCCCGCCUCGACAGUGUGUUCGGAUGGGACUCCGUAUCCUUGCUCGUGUUCUAAAGGAUACUUUGAAUACCAAUGUAGUGACACUUCAGGCGGCUGCGCCGCGGACCCCUGCCAGUACUCCAGUGGCUGUACUGAUCUGAAGACCCUCUACCAAUGUGGAUGUGUCAAUGGAACGGGAGGAGCCCAUUGUGAGACCGAUGUCAUAGAUAGUUGCGCCAACAACAGCUGUGCAAACGGCAUCUGCGUCGAUCAGCUGGAGUCGUACAGCUGUAACUGUACAGCUGGAUACAGUGGCAGCCUCUGUGAGAUAGAUAUCGACGAGUGUGCAACAAACCCAUGUGUGCACGGUACAUGUGUCGACCACGUCAACAACUACACAUGUGACUGUGAACCUGGGUAUACAGACAGGAACUGCAGCACAGAUGUUGACGAGUGUGCAACAAACCCAUGUGUGAACGGUACAUGUGUCGACCACGUCAACAACUACACAUGUGACUGUGAACCUGGGUAUACAGACAGGAACUGCAGCACAGAUAUCGACGAGUGUGCAACAAACUCAUGUGUGCACGGUACAUGUGUCGACCACGUCAACAACUACACCUGUGACUGUGAACCUGGGUAUACAGGCAGGAACUGCAGCACAGAUAUCGACGAGUGUGCAACAAACCCAUGUGUGCACGGUACAUGUGUCGACCACGUCAACAACUACACAUGUGACUGUGAACCUGGGUAUACAGACAGGAACUGCAGCACAGAUAUUGACGAGUGUGCAACAAACCCAUGUGUGAACGGUACAUGUGUCGACCACGUCAACAACUACACAUGUGACUGUGAACCUGGGUAUACAGACAGGAACUGCAGCACAGAUGUUGACGAGUGUGCAACAAACCCAUGUGUGAACGGUACAUGUGUCGACCACGUCAACAACUACACAUGUGACUGUGAACCUGGGUAUACAGACAGGAACUGCAGCACAGAUAUCGACGAGUGUGCAACAAACUCAUGUGUGCACGGUACAUGUGUCGACCACGUCAACAACUACACCUGUGACUGUGAACCUGGGUAUACAGGCAGGAACUGCAGCACAGAUAUCGACGAGUGUGCAACAAACCCAUGUGUGCACGGUACAUGUGUCGACCACGUCAACAACUACACAUGUGACUGUGAACCUGGGUAUACAGACAGGAACUGCAGCACAGAUAUUGACGAGUGUGCAACAAACCCAUGUGUGAACGGUACAUGUGUCGACCACGUCAACAACUACACAUGUGACUGUGAACCUGGGUAUACAGACAGGAACUGCAGCACAGAUGUUGACGAGUGUGCAACAAACCCAUGUGUGAACGGUACAUGUGUCGACCACGUCAACAACUACACAUGUGACUGUGAACCUGGGUAUACAGACAGGAACUGCAGCACAGAUAUCGACGAGUGUGCAACAAACUCAUGUGUGCACGGUACAUGUGUCGACCACGUCAACAACUACACCUGUGACUGUGAACCUGGGUAUACAGGCAGGAACUGCAGCACAGAUAUCGACGAGUGUGCAACAAACCCAUGUGUGCACGGUACAUGUGUCGACCACGUCAACAACUACACAUGUGACUGUGAACCUGGGUAUACAGACAGGAACUGCAGCACAGAUAUUGACGAGUGUGCAACAAACCCAUGUGUGAACGGUACAUGUGUCGACCACGUCAACAACUACACAUGUGACUGUGAACCUGGGUAUACAGACAGGAACUGCAGCACAGAUGUUGACGAGUGUGCAACAAACCCAUGUGUGAACGGUACAUGUGUCGACCACGUCAACAACUACACAUGUGACUGUGAACCUGGGUAUACAGACAGGAACUGCAGCACAGAUAUCGACGAGUGUGCAACAAACUCAUGUGUGCACGGUACAUGUGUCGACCACGUCAACAACUACACCUGUGACUGUGAACCUGGGUAUACAGGCAGGAACUGCAGCACAGAUAUCGACGAGUGUGCAACAAACCCAUGUGUGCACGGUACAUGUGUCGACCACGUCAACAACUACACAUGUGACUGUGAACCUGGGUAUACAGACAGGAACUGCAGCACAGAUAUUGACGAGUGUGCAACAAACCCAUGUGUGAACGGUACAUGUGUCGACCACGUCAACAACUACACAUGUGACUGUGAACCUGGGUAUACAGACAGGAACUGCAGCACAGAUGUUGACGAGUGUGCAACAAACCCAUGUGUGAACGGUACAUGUGUCGACCACGUCAACAACUACACAUGUGACUGUGAACCUGGGUAUACAGACAGGAACUGCAGCACAGAUAUCGACGAGUGUGCAACAAACUCAUGUGUGCACGGUACAUGUGUCGACCACGUCAACAACUACACCUGUGACUGUGAACCUGGGUAUACAGGCAGGAACUGCAGCACAGAUAUCGACGAGUGUGCAACAAACCCAUGUGUGCACGGUACAUGUGUCGACCACGUCAACAACUACACAUGUGACUGUGAACCUGGGUAUACAGACAGGAACUGCAGCACAGAUAUUGACGAGUGUGGAACAAACCCAUGUGUGAACGGUACAUGUGUCGACCACGUCAACAACUACACCUGUGACUGUGAACCUGGGUAUACAGACAGGAACUGCAGCACAGAUAUCGACGAGUGUGCAACAAACCCAUGUGUGAAUGGUGCAUGUGUCGACCACGUCAACAACUACACCUGUGACUGUGAACCUGGGUACACAGACAGGAACUGCAGCACGGAUAUCAACGACUGUGCAACAAACACAUGUGUGCACGGUACAUGUGUCGACCACGUCAACAACUACACAUGUGACUGUGAACCUGGGUAUACAGACAGGAACUGCAGCACAGAUAUUGACGAGUGUGCAACAAACCCAUGUGCGAACGGUACAUGUGUCGACCACGUCAACAACUACACCUGUGACUGUGAACCUGGGUAUACAGACAAGAACUGCAGCACAGAUAUUGACGAGUGUGCAACAAACCCAUGUGCGAACGGUACAUGUGUCGACCACGUCAACAACUACACCUGUGACUGUGAACCUGGGUAUACAGACAAGAACUGCAGCACAGACAUAAACGACUGUGCAACAAACCCAUGUCUGAACGGUACAUGUGUCGACCACGUCAACAACUACACCUGUGACUGUGAACCUGGGUAUACAAACAGGAACUGCAGCACAGAUAUUGACGAGUGUGCAACAAACCCAUGUGUGAACGGCAGGUGUGUCGACCACGUCAACAACUACACCUGUGACUGUGAACCUGGGUAUACAGACAAGAACUGCAGCACAGAUAUUGACGAGUGUGCAACAAACCCAUGUGUGAACGGCAGGUGUGUCGACCACGUCAACAACUACACCUGUGACUGUGAACCUGGGUAUACAGACAAGAACUGCAGCACAGAUAUUGACGAGUGUGCAUCAAACCCAUGUGUGAACGGCAGGUGUGUCGACCACGUCAAUAACUACACCUGUGACUGUGAACCUGGGUAUACAGACAAGAACUGCAGCACAGAUAUUGACGAGUGUGCAACAAACCCAUGUGCGAACGGUACAUGUGUCGACCACGUCAACAACUACACCUGUGACUGUGAACCUGGGUAUACAGACAGGAACUGGAGCACAGACAUAAACGACUGUGCAACAAACCCAUGUCUGAACGGUACAUGUGUCGACCACGUCAACAACUACACCUGUGACUGUGAACCUGGGUAUACAGACAGGAACUGCAACACAGAUAUUGACGAGUGUGCAACAAACCCAUGUGCGAACGGUACAUGUGUCGACCACGUCAACAACUACACCUGUGACUGUGAACCUGGGUAUACAGACAGGAACUGCAGCACAGACAUAAACGACUGUGAAACAAACCCAUGUCUGAACGGUACAUGUGUCGACCACGUCAACAACUACACCUGUGACUGUGAACCUGGGUAUACAGACAGGAACUGCAACACAGAUAUUGACGAGUGUGCAACAAACCCAUGUGCGAACGGUACAUGUGUCGACCACGUCAACAACUACACCUGUGACUGUGAACCUGGGUAUACAGACAGGAACUGCAGCACAGGUGCUUCAGCGAUGCCCAAGGGACGACAAUUCGUUGCAGCGUUCUUUGAACAACCAUUCCAAAGUUCAAGCUUUCCAAACAUGUUCUUUGUGAUUCUAUCUGAGUUCAAUACCACCGUUCACGUUGAGAGUGGAUUCGGUAUUUCAGAAGAUUUACACAUCCAAGCUAUGGUGGACUACAAGUACAAAGUUGAUGAAAGUUUUUAUUACAAAGCCAACCUACAGGUGACUGACAUGUCAUUCUACUUUACAUCCACUGAGGAAAUAACCUUGUUCUGUUAUUACGUACUUGCUAAUCAAGGAGAAGGAUACCUUGCCUUGCCGAUUGAGACUUUAUCCACGGAAUACCUUGUAGUGACACACAUUGAUAAUCACUCGGUUGCAACUGAUGAGACUUCACUUCCCUACACAAAGAGCACACAGACUGCUUUCCUCAUCAUCGCUACGAAGGACAAUACCCAGGUGGUCAUCAGUCUUAAGAUACAAGGACCCCUCAUGGCAGGUGGGUGUGGCAAUGGGGCAUUCUUCAAUGGGGAGAGCAGAACAUUUACACUCAACAAGUAUCAGACAGUUGGUGCCUACUGUGCAGAGGACAUUACUGGAACACUGGUCACCAGUGACAAACCCGUGGCUGUGAUUAGUGGGCAUAACAUGAAGUUUACUCCUAGCAUUAAAGAUGGCAUGCAAGAAAUGUUGCUGCCUGUGAAGUCAUUUGGGAGAAGCUUUUACUUGCCAGUACCGCCACCUAGUACUGGUGGUGCUAUAUACAGAGUUGUUGGAUCAACAGCGUCGACCUCCGUACGCUCCCCGUCCGUCAGUGGUAUAUCUUUCUCCCUUGGUGCGCGGGAGUCUCAUGACAUAACUGUUGAUUCUACCACAGGUCCAGUGUACAUUGAAGCAGACAAACCAGUUCUCGUUGUGCAGAUGACUAUAACCACACCGUCACUGGCAGUAGUUCCACCGACUAGUUUAUACUCCAGCUCUUAUGACAUUGGAAAACCCGUUCUUCAUGCUACAUUUGACCUGAAGAAAAUGUAUAUAACAGUCAUUGUUCCCACUGACAAGGUUCUCGGAAUACGACCACAGAUAUUUCCCCAAUUCAAAGUAAUUAAAGGCAGCUGUUUCUCUGAGGCAUCAGUGGAGCUGACAUCACCAGGAUUCUACCACUUGACCCACGUAGAUGAUGUUCCAUUUGGAGCUAUGAUGUACGUGUUUCCGUUUAUUGACAGUAAAAGUGUAUAUACCCAUCCAGCCGGACUGAAUCUGACAAAUGAUGUUGACAAGACCGCAUGUCCUGCAUCAACGGUGUGUUCAGACGGGACUCCGUAUCCAUGCUCGUGCACAUCGGGAUACUUUGAAUACCAGUGUCAUAACACUUCAGGCGGCUGCAGCGUGGGCCCAUGCGAGUUCUCCAGCGCCUGUACAAACCUGACAAACCUCUACCAAUGUGACUGUGCCAAUGGAUCGGGAGGAGCUCACUGUGACACAGACAUCAUAGAUAAUUGCGCCAACAACAGCUGUGCAAACGGCAGCUGCGUCGAUCAGCUGGAGUCGUACAGCUGUAACUGUACUGCUGGAUACAGUGGCAGCCUCUGCGAGAUAGAUAUCGACGAGUGUGCAACAAACCCAUGUGUGAACGGUACAUGUGUCGACCACGUCAACAACUACUCCUGUGACUGUGAACCCGGGUUUACAGACAGGAACUGCAGCACAGUAAUCAACGAGUGUGCACCAAACCCAUGUAUGAACGGUACAUGUGUCGACCACGUCAACAACUAUACCUGUGACUGUGAACCCGGGUAUACAGACAGGAACUGCAGCACAGAUAUUGACGAGUGUGCAACAAACCAGUGUGUGAAUGGUACAUGUGUCGACCUCGUCAACAGCUACACCUGUGACUGUGAACCUGGGUAUAUAGGCUGGAACUGCAGCACAGAUAUUGACGACUGUGCAACAAACCCAUGUGUGCAGGGUACGUGUGUCGACCACGUCAAUAACUACACUUGUGACUGUGAUCCUGGGUAUACAGGCUGGAACUGCAGCACAGAUAUUGACGAGUGUGCAACAGACCCAUGUGUGAAUGGUACAUGUGUCGACCACGUCAACAACUACACCUGUGACUGUGAACCUGGGUAUACAGACAGGAACUGCAGCACAGAUAUCGACGAGUGUGCAACAAACCCAUGUGUGCACGGUACAUGCAUCGUCCACUUCAACAACUACACCUGUGACUGUGAACCCGGGUAUACAGACUCGAACUGCAGCACAGAUAUCAACGAGUGUGCAACAAACCCAUGUGUGAACGGUACAUGUGUCGACCACGUCAACAACUACACCUGUGACUGUGAACCUGGGUAUACAGACAGGAACUGCAGCACAGAUAUCGACGAGUGUGCAACAAACCCAUGUGUGAACGGUACAUGCGUCGACCACGUCAACAACUACACCUGUGACUGUGUACCCGGAUAUACAGACAGGAACUGUAGCACAGAUAUCGACGAGUGUGCAACAAACCCAUGUGUGAACGGUACAUGUGUCGAACACGUCAACAACUACACCUGUGAUUGUGUAGCUGGGUAUACAGACUGGAACUGCAGCACAGACAUUGACGAAUGCGCCACCAAACCAUGCCUCAAUGGCGGAAGCUGUACAGACAUGAUAGAUGGAUACAACUGUACCUGUAGUCAUGGCACCAACGGCACCAAUUGUGAAACAGUUCUCGACCCCUGCGCGUCGAACCCCUGUCAUAACAAAGGGAUCUGUAGUGAGACAGGUGCUGGCGUUACCUGCUCCUGUCCGGCUGGAAUUACAGGGGUCAUGUGCGAGACAGACAUCGACGACUGUGCCUCCAGUCCUUGUAAAAACAACGGGACUUGCACUGAUCGUGUCAACGCCUUUGAAUGCCUCUGUCCGGCUGACUACAGUGGACUCCUUUGUCAGUUUGUACUUGCUUGUGGGUGUCCUUGCAUUUUCAGUGGCAACAAGACAGAACUGGCUGCAAAAGUGGCAUUGCUGCGAUCGAUUUUACUUGUCGACAAGUCGAUUCUGUCCAGCACAAUACGGAAAAAGACAAGUGCACCGGAUGAACGCAAAUCUUCAACAGGGAUUGGAUUAGGUGGCAUCGCUUGCUUUAUUGCCGCAUUUGGGUUUUUCCUGUUCGUUGAUUGUUUAAACUUCAUUCAGUUUAUCUCAACAAAAAAACAACCGAAAAGCAAAAUAAUAGACAAGACGGAAAUAAUCAGAAAGAAUAAUUGCUAACAUCAGACCGCUAACACAGAAAUUUAAAAUUUCCGUUCUUACUCAUGCAUUGAAUAUAUCAAUAUACCUUUCACAUAACACCUUACAUGUUCAUAGCUAUGGACAAAUUAAACUUUUCAUUUGAAAAGAAAUAUAAUGAUACCGCGCUGUACUUAGGAAAGACAUAUACCUUAAUGUUAGGUGAACAUUCUGACAUAUCAUGGCUUGACUGUGGAGGUCUAAUAGUCGGUUGUACGAUUCCGACUACAUGUACAGGGACUUGGCAUUGCUAGUAUAUCUAAUCCAACGUACAAAGCCAGUCAUCUGUCUAAAUAGGAAAGGUGUGUGAAUCAUGAUUUUUUUUAUUGUGCUGGAAUUUCUUAGGCGCCGCGAUUCGCUGUGCAGAGUUGCGUCCCUUCGGCACGC